GCGAGCCAGGGGCCCUGAGGCCGCCGUGGCCGCCGCGGCGCUAUCCCGCACUGCUGCAGUGCCUUUGAACUGCGGCGGGAGGCGGCCGGCUUGAUGGCUAGUCUGGGUCGCCUGCUGUGCGUGGUGGGCCUGCUCCUCUGCGAGGCAGCCAGCCUGGGGCUGUGCAAAUCCCACACAACUGCCGCUAAGAAUCCCAUCAUCGGAAUAUUAAUGCAAAAAUGCCAUAAGGAAAUGAAAAACUUUGGAAGAUAUUAUAUUGCUGCAUCUUAUGUGAAGUAUCUAGAGUCUGCGGGUGCAAGAGUUAUACCAAUAAGGCUUGAUCUUACACAUGCAGAAUAUGAAAAACUUUUCAAAUCUAUCAAUGGAAUCCUUUUCCCUGGAGGAAGUGUUGACCUCAAGCGCUCAGAUUAUGCUCAAGUAGCCAAAAUAUUUUACGACUUGGCCAUACAGAGUUAUGAUGAUGGAGACUAUUUUCCUGUGUGGGGCACAUGCCUUGGAUUUGAGGAGCUCACUUAUCUGGUUAGUGGGGAGUGCUUAUUAACUCACACAGAACACACUGUUGCAGUGACAUUGCCGCUGAAUUUCACUGGAGCUACAUUGCAGAGCAGAAUGUUCCAGAAUUUUCCUGCUGACUUGUUGCUGUCAUUAGCAACAGAACCCCUGACUGCAAAUUUCCACAAAUGGAGCCUUUCCAUAAAGAAUUUUACGUUGAAUGAAAAGUUAAGCAAGUUUUUCAGUGUGUUAACUACGAAUAGAGAUGACAAGAUUGAGUUCAUUUCAUCGAUGGAAGGAUAUAAGUAUCCAGUAUAUGGUGUCCAGUGGCAUCCAGAGAAAGCACCUUAUGAAUGGGAAAAAUUACAAGGCAUUUCACAUGAACCUAAUGCUGUGAAGACUGCAUUUUAUUUAGCAGAGUUCUUUGUUUCUGAAGCUCGGAAAAACGAUCAUCACUUUGAAUCUCAAUCUGAGGAGGAGAAAGCCCUGAUUUAUCAGUUCCGUCCAAUUUAUACUGGAAAUUUUUCUUCAUUUCAGCAAUGUUAUAUGUUUGAUUGAAAAUCUUUGAUGGGUUAACAGAGCACUUUGAAUAAUUCUGUGAUUAAACUAUUAUAAUAACUAAUUAUUAAUGGCAAUAUUAGAAAGCUACAGAGAUUCCCUUUCUAUGUGAUUAGCUCUGAUUUUUAAAUCAAUAUAUGAUUUUUUAAAUCACAUUUGAUAAUUCAUCAGAGACAGAUAAUCAUAGUGUUUUCAUGGCAAAGCCUUUAUGUCUGAAGAUAGAAAAAAAAUGUAUUGAGAAUUCAAAUUUUUUUUCUGAUGUACUGAUUUUAGAAAUAAAUACCACCCCUUACCCAUCCAUCCCAUUUUUAUUGGGAGAUUUUCAUUUUAUAUUAUUAUUUGUGGUGUUGGGGAUUGAUCUCAGGGUCUUAUACAUGCUGGACAAGGCUCUGCUGCUGCAUUUCAGCGUAAAGAAUUUAAAUCCUACCUCUAUACCCUGGGGUGCCUCCCUCUUUUGGGUCUCAGGAUUAUGUUGUUGUGUGAGUGGUAUGUGUGCAGAGAAACAUAAAUAUCUCCUUUUGCCUCCAUUUUAGCUCCACAAUUAGAGGGCACACAUCCUGCAGACAGUCUGUGCCUUGAUCUAUUAUCUUCUACCAUGUCUAGUACACAGGCCCUUGAUGAACAUCUGUGACUACUCGUAUUUUCCAUAUCCAUGGAAAAUAAUUAAAAAGCUGUCAUGCAUUGAUUUCAGUGCAUUUGAAUAUAUUUCUCAAUCUGUGCUACACUCUUUUAUCCCUUACCAUCCUAUAUAGACCCUCAAAAGUCUGAAAUUUACACAUUCCUUAAGGAUAAGCAAGCUGUUAGAAAAAAAAAGAGGAUUUUUUGACCUGUGUUUAAUAAAAUGUGUUUAUGCAUCUCUUCUUUGUGGUCUUUAGAGCUGCAGCUAGGGAACAAAACCCCAGGAAAUUAGUAAAAACAUUGGAGGACAUUACGAAUGAUAUUAUUUACAGAAAGAUAAGAAUAAUAAUCUGAAGAAACUGAGAGGUAAAUCACAAUCUUUGAACAAUAAGGAUGAAUGGAAUAUAGAAAUUGAAAGGAUUGACAAAUUUAGUCAGCCAAGAAAGAACUUUAAUAGAAAUCUGGCAGACUUAGUUUUUUUUUUUCUUUUUUUAUUAUGUCUUGCUGUCUAAUGUGCCAUUUCUGGCGAGGCUCAAGUCUUCUACCACUAGAAAAGGUAGUGGCACUAUUCCCACUCCCCAUCCCAGGCCUCUUCCUGACCUUUUGUUAGAACCAUAUAGAUCUGCUUGUCUCUACAGAGCCCUAAUGGCACUUCACACUGACUGCUCAUUCAUCACUCAUGCUGUGUCCAUCCUGCCCAUGAAUAUUGACUUCUAGUUGUUUCCGGUGGUUCUUACUGGGCUUUAUUGAUGAUGCCCACAAAUGCAAGAAAAUGUAAAAAGAUUGUUUCUUCUCAUGUUUAAUUUACCAUUUUCCAUGUACUUUUUUAGAGUCCUCAUGCUAGAAUCACUUUAUUUCCAAAAUGGGAUUUGUUCCAAAGUUGUGUAUACCUUGCUUUCCAUACUCCAUCAGCGAUAGGUAAGGGUUUGAGGACAAAUGAGAAGAGCAGGCUGUUCAGGUAGAGAGGGUUCCUCAUUGAGCCAGGUACCACUACAUCAGUAGGAGCAAGAAGGACAUUGAUGAGAAAAUUUGCCUGUUAAUGCUUUGAGCAGCAGUCUGGAAAACCCUGGGCCUUACAGUGUGGAGGGAGCAGAGGCUGAAGGAAAGAGUGGCUGUAGGAGUGUAUAUGGAUUAGAAAGAGGAACUACAAGAAAGGAAGGAUUGGGUAAGCCUGGGCCUUGUACAUGGAAGAGACAGAAGAUGUAUUCCCUGCCCCAGCUCACAGCUGAUUUCAGUUUCCAUGGCUUUUUAGAAAAAAGUUUUUAUCUUCAUCAUUUCUCAUUCUUUUACUUAUGUGGAAUAUCCCAAAUAGAAAGAAAAUGUUGGUAUUAAGGGCCUUCACUCAUUUCUAUUCAGCUAGAUUGCCCUAAGGACCCACAGUUUAGGCCUGGCACUAUGUUUUAUGAGGGCAUAUUAAGUGUCUCCUCAUUUCCACAAAGCAGAGUAGGGAAAUCCUCAAAACCUUGUGCAUAGGCCAAGAUUCCAUGGUUUAGAAUGGUCCAGCAGUUUCUAAAAGCACAGAGACAACUACAGUGGAAGUCUACAAGUCCAGCACCUGACACACAGUAGGACCUCAGAGAGUCAGUGCCUUUCCUUCAUUUCCUUUAUCUCUCUGUGAUAUGGAACACCUCCGUAUGUGCUGGGUCUCUCUCUUUUUACUCUACAGAAUUGUGAGAAUAUAUACCAUUGCAGGGUUUUCCCAGGGGAAGAGUUAAAAAUAAAAGUGCCAUUCCUUAGGAACAGAAGCUUUUUUAUUAUUUUGUUUGGAGCCUUAUUCCAUUUAACAAUUUUUUUUUCUCAAAUGAAAAAUGUUUUUAUUCCAUGUACAUUUUCAAUCUAAGAAUAGUUUUAAAUUAACAGAUAUUUUGCAAUAAUACUUGAGAAACACUAGAUGUCAGGAGAGAACCAACUAACCUCAUGUUUGGCUGGUUGUUUUGCAUUCAACCAUUUAUAAUAGGUUUUAGAAAAUUGCUAGAAACCUAAAGACAUUUACUCAUAAUUAUUACAUUUACUUAAGUAUUAAUUUUUGUAUAAACAUUGACUUGUAGCUACUACUGGAUGUUUUCCACUCUGAUGAAUGG